AUCUAUUAAAGCAGGCUGUCUUGUCCAUAUCUUAACCAACACCAAUUAAAUAUUUUCCCAGGUUGACAUCAGAGGGAAACAAAAAAAAUCUCAUAAUAGACACCAAAAAGCAGUUCGUCUCUUGUUCUUGUUCUUCUCUGUGCCGCGUUUUGCCCACCGAGAAAAAAUCUUCUCCAAGCUGAUGGUCUCUCCAAGAUUACCCUAUCAGGUGCAAACCGCUGACAUGUUUCCACCCACCAACAACAAAAAAGCCUCUCUGUGCCCAAAUCUCAAGCCGCAGACGCACAAACACCACUGACAGGCACUGCUGCGCCAUCAUCAACCCCCAAACCUCUCCAGGGAUCCGCUGCUGCUGCUGUUGCUGCGAUUUCCACACCACUUAUUUUGAAAAACACAACUUUUUGUAUGCUUGGAUAAGAUUGUUUGCUCUCUUUUAGCGACUUGUUUAUGGUGGAAGGGCGUUCUAUUAUCCACCGCUUUUCCCUUUUCCACCGCAGCACUUAGGUAGAAAAAAUGACCCAUGCAAGGUGUAGAAAUCCCCCGCAGGUACGGACGGAGCUGAGGAACCUGUGAUCUCUGGAGCAGCAGGAUUGGGAUUGUGGGGAAACUUGGCCAAAGGUGCGCAAAGCUCGCAGGAUAUUUUUUUUUAUUUUGAAUGAGGGGAUUUUUUUUUUUGCAGAGGUUAAAUCCUGAAUCCUUUCCACGCUUGGCACUGAUUUACGGAGACGCCGCGGGAUUUCGGGGAGCGGAGGAGACUGAGCAGAGAGAGAGAGAGAGAGAGAAAAGUCUUCUGGAUAAUUCCCCCCAACAAGGAAGCACCUAAUGUUGCACCCCGUGACUCUGCUCCUGCUCUCCAGUGAUCUGUCCUUACACUGGGAUUCAAGCUCCUACUUACCCCCGGAGUUGUGUGCGUAAAGGACGCGCAGGAGAGCGAAAGCGAGAGGGGGGCGAUUUCGCCAACCUUUCCUGGGGCUCUAAAUCUGUGGAAGCAGGUGUAUUUCAGGUGUAUUUCUGCAAGUCAAGAUGUCUCUACUACCUUCGAGAUUCAUAUACGUGUGUUUACAUUUUCUGGUACUCUAUUUCCAGCUACAGGAGUCCCAGCAGAGCUCUGCUGAUUUCAGGUUUUACAUCGAGAACCACACGAGGAACCCGGACGACUUGAGCCGCAAGCAGGUCCGGAUCUAUCAGCUCUACAGCAGAACCACGGGAAAACACGUCCAGAUCUUAGGAAAGAAAGUCAACGCCAACGGAGAUGAUGGGGGCAAGUAUGCUCUUCUUGUUGUCGAGACAGAGACCUUCGGGAGCCACAUUCGAAUAAAAGGAAAAGAGAGCGAACAUUACAUUUGCAUGAACGAGAAGGGUAAAAUAGUUGGAAGGCCCGAUGGAAGGAAGCAGGAGUGCGUCUUUGUCGAGGAAUUCCUGGAGAACAACUACACGGCUCUCGUGUCAGCCAAGUACAAAGGAUGGUACCUUGGCUUCAACAGGAAGGGUCGGCCCAAGAAAGGAUCGCGGACCACGCAGCGGCAACAGGAAGUCCACUUCAUGAAGCGCCAGCCGAAGGGCAGGCUGGAUCCACUGGAGGAGUUUCGUUUCACCCCAGUAACUAAGCGGACACGAAGGGCUCGGCGGUUAAAACCCAACUCCAAGAGGAACUGAUGGGACCAAUGGGACAGCACUAAUUUUCCUCGGGAGGGAAAAAACUGUAUCUGAAAAUCCCAAGCUUCUUGUCUUAAAAGAAUCACCUUAAAGACUUCACUUCUCUAAAAGUAAGACAGACAAAAAAAAAAACAAAAAAAAGGCAAAGAUGUUUUAUUUUUGUAUUUCAGGAUGACUGAAUUUUUCCUAACUCUUGGAUUCUUCUGGGUUGAUGUCAAUGUGCUAACGUGUCUGUCAUUUGUUAUUUAUACUGGAUAAACUAAAGGACGUCUGAGAGAAUUCCUGUCGCUGUCAUCCUCAGCUACGUUUGAACUGCAAGCUGAAGGCAUGCUUUCUUUUUGACAAUGGGGGCUGAAGCAGGAGCUGACGCAAUGUUAUAAAAAUCAGCCAACUAGAGAUUUAUUGGAAUACCUGUCGGUUUUGUUUGUGUUGCCCUUCACAACGCGGAUCCCAUACUUUCCACUGGAAUCAGACACCAUGGAGAUGAAAUGGAGAGAGGUGGCAGCCACAGGUGACACUGUGCUGCCAGGAUAACUGUGUAGCUUCGAGUGCAAUAUUUUUACAGGUCUCCCUCUCUUUCUCUUCCUCUUCUUUUUUUCCGUACAUCUCUCAACCUCAGCUUCACUCACGGCUCCUGGAAUGCGCCGCGCUCUCCGACUGCCGUGCGUGAUUUCCUUUCCAUUUCCAUGCAGCCUGUGAUUCAGCUAAAACUCGACAUGCUUUGACUAGUCAGGCACUAGCUAGUUAAAACACUACAAAAACACAGUACAAACACAUAUAACAGCAAACGUGAUCCGUAAGUCUUCCAACUUCAUCUCGCUCGGGAGACGGAUGUGUCUGCCCCUUGGACUCGCUUUCCAGCAGCUCUUCCCGACAUGUGGUAAAGUUGUUCCAGAAAAGGAUGCCUUAAUUCUUCUAGCGUGAGCAAGCUAAUAUUUUGGGGUUGGUGAUGAAGAUGUCCUCUACCUCCUUGUUCUUUUUGUUUAUCUUUACCUAGUCUGACAGUCUGUCUGUGUUCAUCUCAAGAACCUUUCAGUUGACACUGUGCUGAUCUGAGCUCUUUUUCAUUUUUUUUUUUGCCCCAAUUUCCAAAAUCAUCUUUUGGCUGCGAGCUCAUCUUCGCUGCUUUCACUCUCACUGGAUGAAAGUCUCAAAGAUGCUUUUGGGAAAGCUUAGCUCCGUGCCUGUUUGUCAGAUCAGUGAUCCACAGACAGGUGUACUGUAGCUCCAGCCAACUCUGAUCACUUCAUAAACACACAUUUGACAACUCCAGCUCCUCCUGGAUUCUGGGAACAUUUUCUGCGACAUGUGGUAGUUUGUGUCUGAAUCAUAAAGGGGAAAAGUCUGUGCUUCUGUCACUCCUUCUCUCACUGACAACAAAGUCCAGCCCCUUUUUCACCAGUAGUAUGUAUUCACCUGUCUGUUGGCAGGUUUUUGUAUGAGUUGCUACUAACAACAUGACACAUUUAUGACUUUUUUUAAACAAAUGUAAGCAAAAAUAAUUUUAUGACUAUUAUUAAGAUAUUUAUUGCCUCCCUUUGUAAAUAAAAUGUGAUGAGUUUUAUUUGGCCUCUGUUAAUAAAAUGAGGACUAUAUUUUAAAAAAAGGGCCUAUUUUAUGUCUUUAUUGCACUGCGGAAAAAAGUAAAAGUGCUUUUAUGUCCUGGUUUAGACUGGAAUUUUACGA